AUGUCAUUUGUCAUUUUUUCUGUCUGUUUUUUUUCUCUUGUUUCUUUUUUUCCCCUUUUUGUUCCCCCUUUUUCUUUUUCCUUAUUUCCCCCUUUUCCUCCUUUUUUCACAUUAUUUCUGCUGUUUCUUUUUCACAUCUGUCAUUUUAUCUUUUCCCAUCAAUUUUGUCUUCUCUCUUCUCUCUCUUCUCUAUCUUCUAUCUCUCUCUUCUCUAUCUUCUAUCUCUCUCUCUUCUCUAUCUUCUAUCUCUCUCUCUUCUCUAUCUUCUAUCUCUCUCUCUCUCUUCUCUAUCUUCUAUCUCUCUCUCUCUUCUCUAUCUUCUAUCUCUCUCUCUCUUCUCUAUCUUCUAUCUCUCUCUAUCUUCUAUCUCUCUCUAUCGUCUAUCUCUCUCUAUCGUCUAUCUCUCUCUCUAUCGUCUAUCUCUCUAUCUUCUAUCUCUCUCUUCUCUAUGAGUCUCUCUCUCUCUCUCUCGUCUAUCUCUCUCUCUCUAGUCUAUCUCUCUCUCUCUCUCGUCUAUCUCUUCUUCUUCUUCUUCUAUAUCUCUCUCUCUUUUCUCCCCCCAUCUCUUUAUGCUUUCCUUGUCUCAUCUUUCUCUCCUUCACUUUCAUAAAAACAUAUAUGCUCUGGUACAGGAGUAUUAUGGACCUAAAUGGAGAGAACGAGAUGAUGACCGUUUUGACAGCAGAGAGGGCAUCUCAGAUGUCCUACCAGGAUGUCUGCAAUGCCCUGGAUGCAGAUCUCAGCAUGGGUUUAUCCCAUGAGGAAGCUGCCAAUCGGCGAAGAGUACAUGGAUACAAUGAAUUUGAAAUCUCCAAAGAAGAACCCUUAUGGAGAAAAUAUUUAGGACAAUUCAACAACCCAUUGAUUUUGUUGCUUCUUGCUUCAGCCUUGGUUAGCACCAUCAUGAAACAGUUUGAUGAUGCUAUUAGCAUCACUAUUGCCAUUGUGAUAGUUGUAACAGUUGGAUUUGUCCAGGUAAGUAGAUAA